AUGGCUGACAGUAAUGCCGAAUGCAAUAUCAAGGUGCUUUGUCGUUUUCGCCCACUUAGCCGCUCAGAAAUCCUGCGUGGAGAUAAGUUUAUCCCAGUCUUCGAAGGUGAAGACACCGUUCUUUUUGGGGGGAGGUGUUACGUAUUUGACCAGGUUUUUCCCACCAACGCCACCCAAGAGCAGGUUUACAAUACCUGCGCCAAGAACAUUGUCAAAGAUGUACUCGGCGGAUACAAUGGGACCAUCUUUGCCUACGGCCAGACUGCCUCAGGAAAGACUCACACUAUGGAGGGAAACCUUCACGACCCCCAAGGGAUGGGUAUCAUCCCUCGGAUCGCGGAAGACAUUUUCGAACACAUAUUCGCCAUGGAUGAAAACCUGGAGUUCCACAUAAAGGUAUCCUACUUUGAGAUCUACAUGGAUAAGAUUCGGGACUUGCUGGAUGUGACCAAAACCAAUCUGUCAGUGCACGAAGACAAAUACAGAGUCCCUUAUGUGAAGGGUUGCACGGAACGCUUUGUCACCAGUCCUGAAGAGGUAAUGGAUGUGAUAGACGAAGGCAAAGUCAACCGCCAUGUUGCCAUCACCAACAUGAACGAGCACAGUUCACGCAGUCACAGCAUCUUCCUGAUCAGCAUUAAGCAGGAGAACGUGGAGACGGAACAGAAGCUCACCGGGAAGCUCUACUUGGUUGAUCUGGCUGGCAGUGAGAAGGUCAGUAAGACGGGCGCCGAGGGAACUGUGCUGGACGAGGCCAAGAACAUCAACAGGUCUUUGUCGGCCCUCGGAAACGUCAUCUCCGCUUUGGCUGAAGGAACGAAGUCCCAUGUGCCGUACCGUGACAGCAAAAUGACGCGCAUCUUACAAGACUCGCUGGGAGGCAACUGUCGAACCACCAUGUUCAUCUGCUGCUCCCCCUCCAGCUACAACGACGUUGAGACCAGGUCUACGCUCAUGUUCGGCCAAAGGGCAAAGACCAUCCGAAACACGGUGACAGUGAACCUUGAGCUCACUGCCGAGCAGUGGAAGAGGAAAUAUGAGAAAGAGAAGGAGAAGAACAGGUCGCUAAAGGAGACCGUGCACAGACUUGAGGCUGAGCUGAGCUGCUGGAGGAAUGGUGAGAUUGGAAGUGAGUCAGAUGAUGAGAACGAGGCGAUACUUGCUCCCGACUGUGAGGAACCGGCGCUGGACAUAUGCAGCCCGUGCUCCAUGACCUCCUCCAUUGUGGUGCACAUCUCCGAGGAGGAGCGUCACAAGUACGAGGAGGAGAUCCGGAAGCUCUACCGGCAGCUGGAUGACAAGGAUGCUGAGAUUGACUACCAAAGUCAGAUGGUGGAGAAACUGAAGGAUGACAUGCUGAAGCAGGAGGAGUUCCUGGCGUCGUCCAGGGGUGAUGGCGAGAGGGUGCAGUCAGAACUGGGCAGGCUGCAGUCGGAGAAUGAACGUUCCAAGGCAGAGGUAAAGGAGGUGCUGCAGGCCCUGGAGGAGCUGGCGCUCAACUACGACCAGAAGAGCCUGGAGGUAGAGGAGAAGAGUGUUCAGAACAAGCUCUUGGCUGACGAGCUUGCCAAGAAAAUGACUCGUCUUGUUGCGUUAGAGACAGAGCUUUCCCACAUCCAGGAAGUGAGCCGGCACCAGAGGAAACGCAUUGCCGAGGUCCUCAAUGUGCUGAUGAGCGACCUGAGCGAGUUUGGUGCCAUCGUGGGCAACCGCGACAUCCAACUGUCCACAGAGAUUACAGGUGUCAUUGAGGAGGAGUUCACGCUCGCCCGCCUCUACAUCAACAAGAUCAAGUCGGAGGUGAAGUCCAUGGUCAAACGCUGCCGUCACCUGGGCACCCUUCAGGCCGAGUGCCAGCGCAAGAUGGAUGAAACGGGCAGAGAGCUGUCCUCCUGCCACCUCCUUGUUGCACAGCACGAGGCCAAGAUCCGCUCGCUGACCGAGUAUGCUCAUGACGUUGAGCGCAAGAGGAGGCAGCUGGAGGAAAGCUACGACUCACUGACGGAGGAGCUGGCCCAGAUCCAAGCUCGGGAGACCGUGUCACAUUUGGCCAGCGGCGAGAAUGACUCUGUCCGGGGAUGCUGUGACAUCCAGGUAACCAUGAGGGUUUUGGAGCAGCAGAUGGAAUUGCACCGAGCGGCGCACAGCCAGCAGCUAGGCCACCUGCGUGACAAAAUCAAUGAGCAGCAGGCACUCAUCAACGACUUAACCCACUGGAACCAAAAGCAGGAGUUGGAGCUGGAGCAACUGCACGGCGACUACGAGCAUCUGCGCAUUCAACAGCAUCAAAAAAACAGACAGCUGGAGGAACUGACAUUUCUUCACGAGAGAGACGAGCAGUCCAAGCAGGACCUCAAGGGUCUUGAAGAGACCGUGGCCCGAGAACUGCACACCCUACACAACCUACGCAAGUUUUUUGUCCAAGACCUCACCAUUCGGGUUAGGAAGAGUGCCGAGAUGGAGCGCAACAGCAGUGGCGGUUACAUCACACAGAAACAAAAGAUUUCCUUUCUGGAGAACAACCUUGACCAGCUGACCAAGGUGCACAAGCAGCUGGUACGCGACAACGCUGACCUGCGCUGUGAGCUCCCAAAGCUGGAGAAGCGUCUUCGGUCCACCGCCGAGCGAGUCAAGGCAUUGGAAGGCGCCCUGAAGGAAGCCAAAGACGGAGCCAUGAAGGACCGCCAGCGCUACCAGGAGGAGGUGGAGCGCAUCAAGGACGUCAUGAUGAGGGCCAGGAAUCCCUUCCGCCGUCCUCACACCGCUCAUAUUGCUAAACCUGUGCGUCCUGGUCACCCCUCACCCACACGCACCAUAUGCACCCGAGGUCUCACUGAGCACCCCGUUCCCAUAAGUGAUGAUGUACACCACAGUGACGCAUUAGUUCAAGAAGCUGCCAUCCCUAUUAUGGAAAGUGAUCGCGCUGCCCCUGAAACCAACCAGAACCGACCCGGUGGAUGCUUGGACCACCACAACAAUACUCAAAACAUGCCUCCGUUGAGCCGAGCUGACACCGCCGAGAUGCUUGAUUCUGAAAACGGAAACACCACAGACAUCAAUGACAACAGCAUGAGUAUGAACGACAACAGUGUGUCCACCAAUGACGUCUGUGACAAUCGGGACCUGAGCAAACUGGGCAGCCACCGCCAUCUAAUAGAAAAGAUAGCAGGUUAG